AUGUUCCUCUCGGGACAGCCGUGUCUGGGACCUGCGUCCACACCGCCCUCGGGUCCUGCAGCAUCUGCGCGCGUGGUGGGCGCGCGCCGCGCCUCCAGGGCCCGCGAGUGGAGCGGGCGCCCCGCGGGUCCCGAGCCCCCGGCCCCGGUCGCCCAGCGCGACGGUGACAUCACAUGCUCUACACCCACAUCUGUUGAGCACGCAGACAUCCGAGUCAAGAGCUACAAUUUGAGUUCCAGGGAGCGGUAUACUUGCAACUCUGGCUUCAAGCGUAAAGCUGGGACAUCCAGCCUGACUGAGUGUGUGCUAAACAAGACCACAAACACUGCCCACUGGACAACGCCCAAUCUCAGAUGCAUUCGAGAUCCUAGAUCCCUGGCUCGACAAAUUCCUGUGUCACCCUCCACCGUAGCACCAGCAAGGGUGACCCCACAGCCAGAGAGCCUCACCCCUUCUAGAAAAGACCCAGAAGCUUCUGCCCCCACCUCAGACACCAUAUUGACCAAAGAAACAGCUAUUGUAACGGGCUCCGGGCUGAUGCCAUCAGGAACCACAGACAUAGUCAGGAACGAGCCCUCUCCAAGCCCAUCUCAGACAGCAGCAAAGACUUUGGAACAAACCCUCUCUGCUUUCCACAUGACUCCAGAUGCUUCUUUAGUCAAUUCCACAGCUGUCACUGGUGAUGCCAGGACUGUCACUGUGGCGGUCACCAUAUUUGUCAUCCUGCUUUUAGGAGGUGUCUUUCUCCUGAUAUAUUGGAAACGAACAAGGCAACAUCUGCCAACACGGAAUACUGAAAUGGAAGAUAUUCCAAUGACGGGGGGGCACUAGCAACAGAGAGGAAAUUACAGAAGACAACUAGUGCAACUUGUGAGGCUCAAGGAGGAAAACCCCAAGCCCAGCAAGUCUGAAACAUAGGAGCCCACUCUGCUUCACCAAAGAGAACACCAAUCUGUCUCCAGAAGUGAGGUAUCAGAAAAAGUCCACCUGAGUAAUACAGCUUCUCUGGCAUUACUCGACCGACUGUGGUACUCAGCCGAUGCUCCUCAGCUGUAGGAGGGACACCUGUUCUCCAGCAUGGAAGAAUUCUCCAGCUAGGAUGGAAUCUAGCUGACUGCCAAGCCAUUCCGCAGGUGUACGGACCAGGUUCCCAAAGUCAGAGCUGUUGGAACCUCCCAGAGUGUUUAUUCUCUCAUCACAUUGAUUCAGGACAGUUUAUCAGCCUCUCUUUUCCAUUUAACAUCCUGACUUGUAGUGUAACAAAUACACGUGUGCCUGAAGCUCUAAGUUCAUUCAAAGGUGUGGCGAUGUCCAAGAGAUGACACCCACAUUUCUGCUCCUAAAAGCUCUACCUCCAGCGAGGUGCUCUACAGUUUAAGGAAAGGGAGUCCUCACCUGGUGGAAGAGUGCUGCCCGAUGGAUCUUCUUGACUUCAGGACUCGGAAAAAUGACAGCUGCCCUCAGUGACACUGUCCAUACAUGCCCACUGAUAUUUAUACUUUUU